AGACCUGGGGACCAGGCUCUGUCUAAGCAGCUAGGCACCAGACACGGGAGGGAGUGUUAGAGGCCAGGCCCGGCCCCCUUCCGCUGCAGCGAGGAUGGGUCUGAGGGCAGCUCAGACAGGCUUUGCGGUCCUGGUGCUGCUCCAGAGCUGCUCUGCAUACAAACUGGUCUGCUACUACACCAGCUGGUCCCAGUACCGGGAGGGCGACGGGAGCUGCCUCCCGGAUGCCAUCGACCCCUUCCUCUGCACCCACGUCAUCUACAGCUUUGCCAACAUAAGCAACGAUGAGAUCGACACCUGGGAGUGGAAUGACGUGACGCUCUAUGACACGCUGAACACACUCAAGGACAGGAACCCCAGCCUGAAGACCCUCCUGUCUGUUGGAGGAUGGAACUUUGGUUCCCAAAGAUUUUCCGACAUAGCCUCCAACACCCGGAGGCGCGGGACCUUCAUCAAGUCAGUGCCGCCGUUCCUGCGGACCUAUGGCUUCGACGGGCUGGACCUGGCCUGGCUCUACCCUGGGCGGAGAAACAAGCAGCAUUUCACUGCUCUGGUCAAGGAAAUGAAGGCUGAGUUUGCAAAGGAAGCCCAAGCGGGGGCAGAGCAGCUCCUGCUCAGUGCAGCAGUGUCUGCGGGGAAGGUUUUCAUUGACAGUGGCUAUGACAUCGCCCAGAUAUCCAGACACCUGGACUUCAUCAGCCUUUUGACCUAUGACUUUCACGGAGCCUGGAGCCAGACCACAGGGCAUCACAGCCCCCUGUUCCGAGGCCGGGAUCAAGGAAGUUCUGACAGAUUCAGCAAUACUGACUACGCCGUGAGCUAUGUGUUGAGGCUUGGCGCCCCAGCCCAUAAGCUGGUGAUGGGCAUCCCCACUUUUGGGAGAAGCUUCACUCUGGCCUCUUCUAAUACGGGCAUGGGGGCCCCGACCUCUGGGCCAGGAAUAGCAGGCCGGUUCACCAAGGAGGAAGGGAUCCUUGCCUACUAUGAGAUCUGUGACUUCCUCCGCGGAGCCACGGUCCAUAGACUCCUUGACCAAGAGGUCCCCUAUGCCACCAAGGGCAACCAGUGGGUGGGGUACGACGACAAGGAGAGCGUCAAAAGCAAGGUGCAGUACCUGAGAAGCAGGCAGCUGGCCGGCGCCAUGGUGUGGGCCCUGGACUUGGAUGACUUCCGGGGUACCUUCUGCGGCCAGAAUCCACGCUUCCCUCUCACUGGGGCCAUCAAGGAUGCACUCGCUGCGGCUUAGCCCUCUGUCCUGACACCGUGUGGCAGAGAUGCCCCUCACUCCUUGGCUCCAGCUGGCCAGGAGCCUGAUCGCCCACCCUACUGAGACCCCUGAGAGCCUCAGUCCCCUCACUGGGAGCCCGAGCUGGGGGCCUGUGCUCUGAGCUCAGCACUGGUGGCCAGGCGGGUAGGGUGGGCCUGGGGGCAGUUAGGGCCUGGGGACCAGCACAAUGAAAAACAAGGUCUGCACAUGCCUGUUGGUUCAUGAAAAUACUCAACAACCCCAGGCCCCGCACGUGGGGAUUUCUUCAAACCUUUUAAGGCCCGGCCUCCUGGCCAAAGGCCACCCUUCUGCCAAGUACUCAAAUAUCUUACAGGAAACAGCAGCCACACUAAUUGUGCCCUUUGCAAAGCCCAACUUGAAACCACCCUCCAGGAGCCUCGUCAUGUCUCCCAUCCCACUUCCCUUUCCAAAAUCCCCAGCUGCUCAAUAAAGCACCCGAGCUUAA